UCGCGUUACGUCUGUGAGGUAAUAACAAACAUGGCGGCGGUGAGAGCAGCACGGUGCUUGUUCCGCAGCUUUUCUCAAGUCAAAAAUGUGCAGCAAAAUAAACGCAUUCUGCUCAGGUGUAGUGUCAGGACGUUUUGCUCUGAAUCAGAGGAUAGCGCUCAUUCCCACAAUGCAAAGCCCCAGUUCACAGACCCAGUGGUGCAGGACAUCCUGAGCAGAAUAACAGGCCUGGACCUGGAGAAAGUGUUUCGACCAAUCAAACAGGAGCUGAAGCUGCCUGAAUACAAACUCAUGACAGACGAACAGCUCAACCAGGCGAUGAAACAUGCAACAGAGCAGGCAAAGAAGCUGCUCAAGAUGCCUCCAGUGCUGCCGGAGAGGAAGCCCAUAGAUGAUGUUUUAGCCGAGGACCCCAUUCUGGACGGCAUGGACACGGCAAAAUACGUCUUUACAGAUAUCACCUAUAAUAUACCACACAGGGAGCGGUUCAUUGUAGUUCGGGAGCCCAAUGGCACUUUGAGGAAGGCCACGUGGGAGGAGAGGGACCGACUCGUCCAGGUCUACUUUCCCAGAGAGGGACGCAAACUGACUCCACACCACAUCUUCAAGGACGAGAACCUCAAGAUGGUGUUCUCCCAGGAUCGCCAUGAGGAUGUUUUGGACUUAUGUCUAGUCCAAUUUGAACCUGACUCUUCAGAUUAUAUCAGGAUCCACACAGCUACUUACGAGGACCUGGAAAAACACGGGAAGUACGACCUCCUGCGCUCCACACGACACUUCGGAGGGAUGGCCUGGUAUCUGCUGAACGCUCGACGGGUGGAUGGACUCGUAGUGGACAUGCUCAAGAGAGAACUGCUCCAGGAUGCAGUGAGUUUAGUGUCACUGUUCCACAUGGUCCAUCCUCACAGUGAAUCUGCUCAGGAGGCGGCUCUACAGCAGGCCACAGGCACAGACCUACUCAAGAUCUAUGCGCAGAAAGAGUCCCAGAGGGCGGGCUACAUCGAGCUCGCACUUCAGGCGCUUGAACCUGCAGCCGAAGAAAGCACUGCUACCUGAGUUUGAAAUAGGAAAAUGAAAUUGAACUGUACUGAAAACAAUACUGUGUGAAAUAUGACAACAUUAACUGUAACUUCAUAUAAGUUAUAUAUUAAUAUGCCAUCGGAUUCAUUUUUGUGUACAUAUGAAAAUAAAAACAUGCCUUUUUACAAAAAA